GUCGAAGACUAUUAUUAAGAAAAAAAAAAUUAUUUGAAUGAAUAAAGUGUAUAAUUUGGAAUUUCAGUAUUUCACCGAAAUAUAGUGGAUUUGGAGGCCGUUACAUCAUGGCGAGCACGCAUUGCACCCCCACCCAAAUUUGUUCGGUUUUGGUCUUGAAAUUAUAGAACAUGCCCGGCAGAGGCUGGACCUGGUUCAUAUUGACAAUCCAGGAUCCAACUCCAUAUGUGGAAAAUAUGACUGCAAAGCAGGCGGACGAAAAAGUGUAUUCUAGAUGCAAAUAGGAGAAGGCCGUUGUCCAUGCAUUUGAUUUCUUCAGUCAUGCAUUGCAGCACUGAGAUAGAAGUAAAUUGGCAGAUUAAAACUUAAACCUCCAGGCCUAUGCAGCUGCGAUAGCAACAUUAUCGUCUUCCUCCCAAAUGACAUUAUUGAAUCUGCUGGAUGUCUUUUUUAUCAACAAAACAUGAAGAGAGAGCCCCCUUUGAGAAGGCCAGCUAAGCUCCAGGUAAAAUACUGACUGAUGACAAUAAAAGUUGACUGGUUCUGCCCAAGAUUUCCUGUAUGAAUUUAGAUCUUUUCCUUAAAUAACAUAAUAAUACAAAGAAUAUAGAUACGGCGUAUCCGAAUUAGCUUUGGCAAAAUAAACCUGCAGGAACACCAAAGAGAUGCUUCAGAUUCACAGAUGCACGGUACUGCUUUAAGGGCAUUUAUUAGUCAACUUGUUGAGAAUGUGAAUAACAUUAGACAAGCACCAGUAUCAAUUCUAUUCGAUAAUCUAACUAGAUUAGAUCCAUAAGCACGCUUUGCACAAUGAAUAGGAAAAUUACAAGACAAUGGUUGCACGCCAGCAUCUUUUUGGGUUAAUGAGGGAAAAGGAUAACCACCCACUUUGCUUCAACAGUGCAUUUAUGAGAAGUUACUGAUGUAAACUAAGAAACUCAACUGAGACUAUAUAUCAUUGGGAGCGAGGCCAUGAAAUUAUCAAUCGUCUUUCUGAUGCAAAACACUAGGCAGGCUAUUAUUACCAUUGAGAGCAGCAAGAUAUAUUCGCUUCUCAGCCAGUCCAAUAUCUGACAAUAUCAAAUUACCCUGCAGGCAAGGCCAAGAAGAAAACAAAGUUGUCAAAGGAAUGUCAAUUCUUGCUAUAUCUUAAAAGUUCAAUAAAACAGUUUGUCCUCC